AUGUCAGCAGCUUAUGUUAGAUCGUCAACCGAUGCUCUCAGUGAUCCAUCCCAUAAAUUUGAAUCCAUGGAUUCUUCAUCGAAAUGGUCUGAUCAGAAGAAAGAAGCUUCACUUACUCUUGCUAAAAUCCGCAAUCGAAUUCAGUCAUUAGCUAAAUCAAUAAACAAACCAGGUAUUCACAGUGUAUGCUAUAUGUUUGCCGCCGGAUUUGAGUAUACAGGUCGUGGAGACGCAGCUCGUUGUAAGGACUGCGGUCUUGAGGUAUCCAACUGGACGUUAGAUAUGAAGCCAUUUAUCAUUCAUUCGAAACGUCAACCGGAUUGCCCAUUCGUUUGCUCUAUGGUGCGAGUUUCUUUGUCAAAUAUGUCUGUCUCGUCCUCUUCAUCAACAACUGAUGUUCGAAAGAGAUCGAUAUCAAAUGAACAAGAAAAUCCUUCUAAACGCCAAAAGAUCGAACCGAUGGAUUCAGAAUCUUCCUCACAUACUUUACUUGAAACAGAUUUACUCCAGCAAGUGCGAAGACGUACCUUUUCUCAUUGGCCACAUCGUACCAUUCCAUCAAGUGCACUAAUGAUAAAAGCUGGAUUUUUUAAUUCCAAUGUCGGUGAUCAAGUGAUAUGCAUUUAUUGUAAUCUUAUUUGUCAACAAUGGACACCAGAUACAGAUGAUCCAUGUGAAGUACAUAAAACACUUUCACCUAAUUGUAUAUAUGUUAAAGCAAAAUUAAUACAGCCUGAAACUUCAAUGAAAGUAGCUUCAAACAGUCUUUCAUUCGCCUCAAAUAAUCUUGAUCCAUUUCGAUCUAAUGAUAUUAUACUUCCAACUUUAUGUAAUCCUGCUUAUUUAGAAGAAUCAGAACGUCUUGCAUCAUUUUCUACAUGGCCAAAUGAAGAUUUACUAUCAAUAGAUGAUUUUGUUCGAGCAGGAUUUUUCUAUACUGGUACAACAACGAUUGUUACUUGUUUUUAUUGUAACGGAUCAUUACAAAGCUUGGGUCCAAAUGAUAAUCCAAUGACUGAACAUGCUCGUUGGUUUCCACAUUGUGCAUAUGCUCGACAGUUAUGUAAUGAUGAUUUAUAUCAAUGUGUCAGAACUGAUGAUAUAAAAGAAAGCACAGACAUUAGUGGUACUCUAAGUACUGAUCUAACUACAAAUAGUCGACAGUUAUUGAUAUCUGAUGAAAGUACUUUAUCGAGACUUGUUGCUGCUCGACUAGAUUUACCGGUGUCACAACGUUUAUUACGUCAAAAUUUUGACGUAUCUAUUAUUAAACGAUGUUGGGAAGAUCAGCUAAGAAUAAAAAACGAUGAUUUUGUAUCUGAUUGUGAUUUAUAUAUUGCUUAUUUAAUUCUUCAAAAACAAAAUGAACAUAUUGUCAUACCAAGCAUAAAAAUGAAACAAGUUAGAGAACAAAAUAAAACACAUAUGCUUGAACAAAUAUCACUUAUGCCUAAUGCAGUUCGAAUAUCGUCAAAUUCUACUCAUGCUGAAAUGAAUAUAUCGUUUCAAUCAUUAAGACAUGAAUCUACGUCUUCUCCAUCUUCUAUAAUUUCUAUUUCAAGACCAUCAACCACUGGUAAGGAAUAUGAAACGCCAACAACUGAACAACCGAGUAAUGCUCACCAUGAAAAUCAACCAACUAAUGCAGCACCGUCCGAUCCUUGUGUUGUGUGCCAAAGAGAAGAAAAACGGUUAGUCUGUAUUCCAUGUGGUCAUCUGACUACAUGUAUUCCUUGUGGUCAUUUAUUGUCAUUGUGUCCAAUAUGUCGUCGAGAAAUUGAAGUAUUUGUCAGAAUUCUCAAUUGA